AUGGCGAUGAUUCUGCAAAUCCCUCCUUCUUCUUCUCCGUCUUCCUUGUGGAACACCAAAACCCACAGAAUCCGAUUCUCUUACUCUUCUUCAAUUCAAGCUCCUUCGGAGUCCAAUCGGAAGAAAUUCAGAUGCAGAGCCGUCCGAGAGAAAGCCGAAGAGAUCGACAAAAACACUUCGCCGGAGUCCCCUUCUUCAUCGGCCGAGGAAGUCACGAAGAAAUACGGACUCGAAGUCGGUCUAUGGAAGAUAUUGAGCUCAAAGGAUGAAGAAAUUGACGGAGAGAAGAAGAAGAAAUCGAAAACAGACGAAGCUAAAGAGCUGCUUGCAAAGUAUGGUGGUGCUUAUCUCGCAACAUCCAUUACUCUUUCUCUCAUUUCCUUCUCCUUAUGCUACGCACUCGUCACUUCCGGUGUUGAUGUUCAAGCCCUUCUUCUAAAGGUUGGGAUUACGACGAACGAGACGGGAGAGAAAGUAGGAGCCUUUGCAUUGGCUUACGCGGCGCACAAAGCUGCUUCUCCGAUUAGGUUUCCGCCUACUGUGGCUCUGACUCCUAUUGUAGCUAAUUGGAUUGGGAAGAAAGUUGACAAGGAGAAAGAGAAAGAUGACUAG